AUGCUUAUAUCGUUUAUAGGGUUUUCUUCAUUUUGCUUUAUAAAUAUCUUUUAUCUUUAUGAUCAAUGUGCAGAAUAUCUAUCAAAUAGGCCUGAGGUCAUAAGAAAUUUAAUUCAUGCGCAAAUAUUGUACACUAACUUAGUAAUAUGAAAAAUUCAGUCUUUUACAGAUAAUUUGAAUUAUCCAAUAUGCGCUCAGGUGUACUACAUGUGCCCUUUUUAUAAAGCAAAAGCAAAGAUUGACGAAAUUCUGCUAAGUAUUGAGAGUACAACCUUAGACUUAAGAAAAACUAAGUAA